AUGGAGGCCACCAUUUAUGAGGAUCAAAGCUUUUUGUUAGCAAAUAAAAAUUCCUGUGCUCAAGACAAUGAUAGAUUAUGGUUAAAUUUAACGACUGAGUGCAAGACAUCGGCAAGGAGAGACGAUUUUGAUAUCUCAGAUCUACUGAGAUCUCCGGAUAUCGGGAUUUCAUCGCCGGAUCUUGAGACGAUCGUUUGGAGAAACUUUCCUGAUUCUUGCGCGGUAAAAUUACAGUCAACAUCUCCUCCACCGCCAAUUUUUGCCACACAAGAAGAUUACUCCGCACAGAAAGUCACCGCAGAACAAGAGGUGUUUGCAAGGGGAUUUACCGACGCGCUUCAACGUUUGCGAGAAGAGAGGGAACUGCGUGAAGCAAGCAAAACUCGGACGCCCACGGAGGACGAAUCAAAUAAAGUGGUCGAUGACUCGAAAUGCACUUUCAUCUCUUACAGAUUUGAUUCAUCUUUCCGUUUGCCGUCUUUUCAAGAAACUUUUUUACCUGUUAGAUGUACGGGUGCUACGAUUAAAACCAAAGCAGAUCACAACACACGUAGAACUUUUUCUGAACGAGAAUAUGGACAACAGCUCGAGCGGUCGGAGGAUUCAGAAUGGUUUAAAGUGGAAACGUUAGAAGAAGGAUUCUCAGGACAACAACAGUGCCCAUAUAGCGACUGUUUGCUAAAUUCUGCCGAAGAAGAAUCGGACGAUUGUUCGACUAAUUCGCCUUUGUCUGAUUACACGGCAAAUGACUAUAGCGUCGGAGAUUUUGAAAUCGACGGCAGAGCUGCAGAUGACAUGGAUUUCCAAGAAGGCGUCCAUGCACAAGACAACUUUCAGCCACAUAACGAGUGGCUCUCAGAAGGACAACACAUGAUUCAGGAUACCCCGACACCAAAGCACUGGCUAACAGUUCACACAAAACUCUAUAACAUGUCGGUCAUAAAGCAAGAGCCGAACAGUGUAGACGACCAGUCACAAUCAUCCAAAAUGCCUGACGUUCAGGGUUUCAUCAAAACGGAAAAAAAACGGCGGAAAAAUCGUCUGGCGGCGUGGAAAUGCCGUCAGAAAAAGCUUAUUCGUGAAUCAAGGCUCGAAACAACAGUGGAGGAGCUUUGUAUGGAAAAUUCAAGGUUAAUGGAAGAACUGGAGAAAUUGAAACGCAAAAGGCAGCAAUUGGAACAAACAUUUAUCAAGCAUGUGACAAGUGGAUGUGAGGAGGCCCAUGUUCAGUACACUGAAACAUUUAAUGGCGAAAGCUAA